UUUAUAAGACAAUGGCCACAGAAGACGCAGUUCAAACUCGACGUCUUGCAACUUAUACUGCACCUAAUGAGGUGUUCGAGGAUCUUAUAGAUAACGACGAAGACGUAGAUCCUUUUAAAGAGCGUACGGGAUCACGUCGUAUCAUUGAUAGGCAAAGUGAAUAUCAUGCACGAAGAUUGAACCGAGCGAUCUCACCGGAGAGGAAUGAUCCCUUUGCGGAAGGUGAGGAAAAAGGUGAAUCAAGAACAUAUGCAGACGUUAUGCGGGAGGCAGAGAUCGAAAAGGAGGAACAACGAGUCAAACGUAAAAUUGAAGAAAAAAAGAAAGAAGAGCAACAAAAAGCCAAGGAAGCUGCGUCAGAACAAGUCACAACUCAAAAAAAACGAAGAUGGGAUAUGGAAACACCCAUAGAAACAAAAUCAGAGUGGUCAAGAUCUGAUGAUGAAGCAGCUCCUACCGGAAAAAGUAGAUGGGACGAAACGCCGAGGGCAACAGACGAAGAAAUGGAUACACCUCGCAAAAGAAGUAGGUGGGAUGUUACUCCGCAAGUUUCUGCAAAAAAGUCUCGUUGGGACGAAACCCCUACACAUCCAACCGUACAAAUUGGUGUUACCCCUGUUGGAAACUUUGGGCUUCUCACUCCGACACCUGGCCACCUUGUUGCCAUGACUCCUGAAGCUCAGCGAUGGGAAAAAGAUUUGGAUGCUCGCAACAGGCCUCUUACAGAUGAGGAACUUGAUGCUAUGUUCCCUCCAACAGGUUAUAAGAUAUUAGAUCCUCCAACAGGCUAUGUACCCAUUCGCACACCUGCACGCAAAUUGAUGGCCACACCGACUCCUAUGGCAGCUGACGGUUUUGUCAUGUUAGAAGAAGAUCGAAGUCAAACGUAUGAUUUACCUGCCGAAAUUCCUGGUGUGGGAAAUUUGCCGUUCUUUAAACAAGAAGACAUGCAACAUUUUGGCAAAUUAUUGGAUGAUAAAGAUGAAAGUGAGUUAUCUGUUGAAGAACUGAAGGAACGUAAAAUUAUGCGCUUGCUUUUGAAGAUCAAGAAUGGAACCCCACCAAUGAGAAAAACUGCACUUCGGCAAAUCACCGAUAAAGCUAGGGAUUUUGGGGCAGGACCUCUUUUCAACCAAAUCCUUCCUCUUUUAAUGUCUCAAAAUCUUGAAGAUCAGGAACGUCAUUUAUUAGUAAAGGUUAUUGACCGUAUACUUUACAAGCUUGAUGCCCUAGUUCGUCCUUAUGUUCACAAAAUCCUUGUCGUCAUUGAGCCGCUCUUAAUCGACGAAGAUUAUUUUGCAAGAUGCGAGGGUCGCGAAAUUAUCAGCAAUUUGAGUAAAGCGGCUGGGUUACCAACUAUGAUUGCCACAAUGAGACCAGAUAUCGACCAUGUCGACGAAUAUGUUCGUAACACUACGGCCCGUGCCUUUUCAGUCGUCGCUUCUGCACAUGGUAUUCCGGCGCUUCUGCCAUUUUUGAAAGCCGUGUGUAAGAGUAAAAAAUCUUGGCAGGCUAGGCACACUGGUAUUAAAAUUGUUCAACAAAUUGCUAUAUUGAUGGGAUGUGCUGUUUUACCGCAUUUGAAAAACUUGGUUGAGGCUAUCGCUCAUGGUCUUGAGGAUGAACAACAAAAAGUUCGUACGAUUACUGCGCUCGCGAUUGCAGCAUUAGCCGAGGCUGCAGCACCAUAUGGUAUUGAAUCCUUUGAUUCAGUUCUCAAGCCUUUAUGGACUGGUAUUCGUAAACAUCGUGGCAAGGGACUUGCUGCCUUCUUGAAAGCCAUUGGUUACAUUAUUCCAUUAAUGGAUGCAGAAUAUGCAAAUUAUUAUACGAAAGAAGUCAUGAUAAUUUUGAUUCGUGAAUUUCAAUCGCCUGACGAAGAAAUGAAGAAAAUUGUUCUUAAAGUAGUUAAACAAUGCGCUGCAACUGACGGAGUUCAGCCACAAUACAUUAAAGAAGAAAUUCUUCCCGAAUUUUUCAAGAAUUUCUGGGUUCGACGUAUGGCUCUUGACCGUCGAAAUUAUCGUCAAGUUGUGGAGACAACGGUUGAACUAGCACAAAAGGUUGGUGUCACCGAAAUCGUUGGUAGAAUUGUUGAAGAUCUAAAAGAUGAAUCAGAACCAUACAGAAAGAUGGUUAUGGAGACGGUUGAAAAAGUUGUUAGUCAGUUGGGUGCUGCUGAUAUUGACACUCGUCUAGAGGAAGUGCUGAUUGAUGGCAUUCUCUACGCAUUCCAAGAACAAACGGUGGAAGAUAUUGUCAUGCUGAAUGGCUUUGGUACUGUUGUGAACGCUUUGGGUCUUCGUGUAAAGCCUUAUUUACAACAGAUUACUUCAACUAUUUUGUGGCGUCUCAACAAUAAGUCUGCAAAAGUUCGUCAACAGGCUGCUGAUCUGAUCUCUCGGAUAGCAGUUGUUAUGAAAACUUGUGGCGAAGAAAAACUUAUGGGUCACCUUGGUGUUGUUCUUUAUGAAUAUUUGGGAGAAGAAUAUCCAGAAGUUCUUGGAUCUAUAUUAGGAGGUUUGAAGUCUAUCGUUAAUGUUAUUGGAAUGUCCAGCAUGACACCGCCUAUCAAAGAUCUCCUCCCUCGUCUGACACCUAUCUUGAAGAAUCGACAUGAGAAAGUACAAGAAUCAUGCAUUGAUCUUGUUGGUCGUAUUGCUGAUCGUGGAGCAGAAUUUGUGAGUGCGCGUGAGUGGAUGCGCAUUUGUUUUGAGUUACUGGAUAUGCUUAAAGCGCACAAAAAAGGUAUUCGUCGAGCGACGGUAAACACAUUUGGCUACAUCGCCAAAGCUAUUGGUCCUCAGGAUGUUUUAGCAACUUUGCUUAAUAAUUUAAAGGUUCAAGAACGUCAAAACAGAGUUUGUACCACUGUUGCUAUUGCUAUCGUAGCCGAAACGUGUGCUCCAUUCACCGUCUUGCCCGCUUUAAUGAAUGAAUAUCGU